AUGUUCUUCAUCUUUUUUGGAUUAAUUCUUAGUUCAAUUGGAAUUGUCUCUUCUCAUGUUGUAAGUCAUAAUCAAUUGAAUUACAAUGAUCGAGUCAUUAAUUUUGAAACUGUUGGAGGUAUUGCGGAUAAUAGUUCAUUAGAUACAUGUUGGGCUAAUUCACAUCUUCUUAAUCAAACAUUUGCAUCAAUGCAAAGUGGAGAUACAUUACUUAUACCAUCUAAUAAAACAUUUUGGUUAAUGGGUGGUAUUUAUGCACGUGGUCUUGUUAAUGUAACUAUUCAAAUUGAUGGAAUUCUUAAAUUUUCUGAUAAUCAAACUGUAUGGCCUCGUGAUCCUCAAACACAACAAGUUCAUGAAUGUUUCUUUUUUGAACAAUUAAAUUAUGUUACAUUUACUAGUUCAUUACCUGAAGGAAAGAAAGGUAUUAUUGAUGGAUCAGGUGCACAUUGGUGGGGUUUAGUUGAAUAUUUAUUAAUUGCUGAAAAUCGACCACGUUUAAUAUCAAUCUAUAAUUCUACUAAUCUUUUAGUUGAAAAUAUUCUAUUAAAAAAUUCUCCAUAUUGGACAUUUUUAGCAAAUGAUAUUGCUAAUUUAGAAAUUCGUCAUACAGAUGUUGAUGCACGUGUCAAUCCAGAUAUACAUUAUCAUGAUCAUAAUGAAUUACAAGCUUUUAAUACGGAUGGUUUUGAUAUUGCUGGUACAAAUGUAUGGAUACAUGAUUGUAAUAUAUGGAAUGAUGAUGACUGUAUUGCAGUUAAAGAACAAAGUUCAACUAGUAUUCAUUCUCCUUGUAGUGAAAAUAUGCUUUUCGAACGUAUUAAUGCUUCUGGUGUUGGUUUAACUAUUGGUUCUAUUGGUCCAUCAGCAAGUCAUACUUGUGUUCGUAAUAUUACAUUUCGUGAUUCUACAAUGUAUAAUACUUUUAAAGGUAUAUAUUUAAAAUCACGACCAGGAGCACUUGGACAUACAGGUGAAAUUACAAAUGUUACUUAUCAAAAUAUUCUUAUUAAUAAUGCUUCACAAUGGUCAAUAUGGAUUGGACCACAACAAGCUGGCUAUAAAGAUGCUUGUUCACUUCUAUGGCCUUUUGUACCUGGAACACAUUGUCCUAUUCCAGUUGGCAUUACUUGGAACAAUAUUAUUUUACGAAAUAUUACUAUUAACGGUCCACAAUUAAGUCCUGGUGUUAUAUUGGGAAAUUCAACAAAUCCAAUGUUAAAUAUAUUAUUUGAUAAUGUACUUGUAACAAAACCUGGUAUUCUUCCGUGGGGUACUCAUUAUUAUGCUUGUGAAGGUGUAGACGGUAUUGCACAAGGAAAUACUGAACCACCACCACCAUGUUUUAAAAGAAAACCAUUUUAA